CUAGCGCGGGAGACGGUAAAAAAAACAUUUUUCCAAGCAAAAAAAGGGCGCGAAAAGGACGAUAAUGGCACAAAAACAGGACGAGGCAGGAGAAGAAGAGUACGAGGAAAUCGAGGAUGAGUCCCUGGUGCUUGUGGAGCUGACAGGAAUCAUGGAUACGGAGUUUUUAAGGACCGGGUCCGGACAGUGCAAGUUUGUGGGCAUCGACAGUGAACAGCCGGUACUACAGAUAGACAGGUACAUCUUCACAGGCUCCUAUGAGGAUGCUGUGGGGACCUGUGUGAUGUUUGAGGAGGGGAGUCAGGAGGAGGAGGACCAGCAGACCUACAUGUGCCACACCGCCAAGAAACUCACCAUGACACGGUCUUUCCUGACCAGUAAAAAUGAUGACACAGACUCCAUGUCUUUUCUACGUGAAGACACCCCGCAUCACAGACGAGCCUUGAAGAUAGCCUCCUCCUGUACACUACAUGUCAAACCUGACAAGGCAGCCAGCAAAGGGGCUACAACAGAGGGGAGACAAGAACCCAACAGGACUGAGAGGACUAGUCAAGGCACUGGAGAUGUGGAGAUGGUAGAAGAUGUAGAAAACAUUACAGAGACAUCAAAGCAAGUAGAAAGUCAUGUAGAGGACAGUGAUGAUAGAAUAGGUGAAAGAACACAACUUGGUGGGGACAGGGCUGCAACAGAAACUGGAGACAGAGAAAAAGAAACAGCAUUAUCUGAUAGAUAGUGUCAGAAUUAUUUUAGUUUUUAGUAGAUGAACCUGCUAAAAUCCUGCUUAACUGUGAGUGUGAUGAGGUAGACUUCAGAAGAAAAAAACAACAAAGCUAUGUACAUGUAUUUAUAAAUCAUGGUUUAAUCCAUAUACACUGGAAUAAAGCAGAGUUACAGACAAUGUCAUUCUGGCUUUAUCUUUUAUGACAGUUACACUGUUGACAGUUACAGAUAAACUCUCCUGCUGUAUUGCCAUAAUAGUACCCAUAUUUCUCCAUAAUACAUGAAUACAUUUUGUUCAUCAUUUUGCUCCAGUUACAGAUAGUAUUUGAGGUACGUAAGAAGCAUC